AUGGCAGAAUCGGACAUUGACACCGCUGAUGUACCUGAUAAUUGCGACGGAUCCAGCAGCUGUGUGUCGAUGUGUGAGUCAGGCGCUUAUGAAGACGUAAGGACACAUCAGUUCCAUUCCGAAAAAAGUGGCGUCAAAAGUAAUCCCCAUCCUUUUUUAAAUCAAUUUGUGCGCGAAAACGGAAAAAGAGGUGUACGUAGUAAGCCCUUCGUGGUGCUUUAUGAUGAAACGAGUUGCGCAAUAAUUGCUAAGGAUUUAGAAUACGUUAAUGAUGAUACGGCGCUGAAAAAAGCGCUCGAAAAAAUUAUCACUAAACAGUUCAAUCUGUAUAGGGAUGCUCGUGGUCCUGAAGAUGUGGACGGAGAAGUCAGACUGUGUGAUCAGAAACGUUACCUCACGUUCCAAAGUGAACAAGAACGCAUCGCAACUACGACUGUUAAGACAGAUAAUACAGGAGUACCUGAUGCGACCCCUACAUCACAGCAAUCGACAAAAAUAUACUCCCCCAAAAAAAAAGUGGCUAGGAAGCUAUUCGAAUCGAUACUUUCAUCCAUCGUCAUUGAUGAAUACACAGAUUUCAGGUUCGUGAUUCUUUCGCCGAAUCGCAUAAGCAUCGCCGGACAAACCAGAGAUAGGCUGAACCACUUUGUGAAUGACAGGGAAGGAGUACAAUCGAAUGCAAAAGGGAAGAUCUUGUACAUGCCAUCCGAUCCUGAGACACUGCCAGCAAGUAACGGUGGCGAUACAAUGAUGAAUCUCUUUAAGCAGGUGGAAAGCCACAGGCAUACAUUAUUCUUGGCGAUCCAGGAUGAAUACCAUUGGGGUGUGAGGAAAGGCGGCCAAGUCGAUAGUUUGUGGAACGCACCCUUUUUGUUGAGUAAUUCGCCUAAAAACCUGCUCAUCCUACAUGAUUCCGCCACGGCUUACAACAGUGAAGGUCAAAUACCAAAAGGUCAUUUUGUGCGCAUGUUUAAAAGGUUUCGGGGUGAUGAGAGCGGUGUGCUUCCUCCGAAGGAAGAACAGAUCACGGAUGUCAAAUACGUUGGGCUCGAACAACUCAAAAUUUACACAGCUAGCCAAGCUUUCAUCACCAACAAGAUUGGAACUCUUUGUGCCUUCGGUCAGGACGCGACAAAGUUGUUUCCCGCGGGUGAUGUAGCAAUUAUGCUAGAUUACUGCCUGGCCUUGGUGCACAAUGCUUUCAUACGGGACAUUCUUCCUGUCAAUCAGAUCACUGGGGCCGCACUUUUCGACCCCGAUGUCAGUAAAGCAACAAGGAAGAAAGUCGGUCUGCUCCUUUCCAAGGAUACUAAAAAUCUGAUUGCAAUCCGUAUGCUUAACGUGAAAUCCGCAAGAUACUUUGCAUCAGAAUUGGGAAAGUUGCGUAGGCAACUCGGCAUGGGAAAUGAUUUUGCCAUAGUUGUUGAUGAGGCUACAUGUGGUGUUCGUAUCGAGGGAGAGGAUGGAACCAAUGAAAAUGAUGUUCGGUUGUUUUGGUUCAGGGGCAAAAGUAUCCCUUCUGCGAAAGGGAUGAAUAUGGAGGAGUUCGGACGUCUUGCUAGGGACCAAAAUAUUUUGCUAAUCGUGAUAGAUAAAAGGCGAAUGGGUGAUACGUUCCCUCCACAUUUUCGCGUCUGGGAUCUACGAGCUAGAUACGAAAACAAGAACAGUCUUAUCAAGACAAAUUUUUAUCAAGACGCCGGAAGAGCAAUGGGUUGGGGUACAGCUGAUAAACGCCGUCCAGAGCUAUGGGUAACGAAAGUGGCUCAGUUUGCGAUAAAAGGGUACACCGAAGAGGAUAAGAACCCGAAGAAAAACAUUACCAAUUGCAACAAAAUCGAUAUUUUUGCUAUCAAGAGGAAACGAAAAGCUGAAGAAGCAUCUAAUAGGGUGGAUGAUGAUACGGGUAUCGAUGGCGAUGGCAGGCCGGAUACAAUGAGCGAUGACCCUGACUAUGAUCCUAAUAGGCAAUCGUCGUCUAGGCCGCGUGUCGAAAGAGAAAAAGGAAAACACAGAAACGAUGGCCGUGGUGGUAUCGAUGGCGAUGGGGGGCCGGAUGUGCCAAGCGAGGACCCAGACUAUACAUCCAGGAAGCGGAAGAAAAAGGGCAAACGCAAAGACGCCGAGUCGAAACGGAUGCGGCCUAUAAUACUCGUAAAGAAAAGGCAGAGUCCAGCAGAGCCAGAGCUCAUGAAUAGUUUUUAUUACAAAGGAGUCGGGGUUGCGUAUUGGUUCUUCAGCAAUGCAGAACUUGCAAGGAAAUAUACGAAUAGGUAUCAAGAGGCGCUCCGCUUGCCAUGGCCUGAUCCAACUAGCAACAUUCUGCCACCUCAUCUGAAGGCCGUUUGCGAUCACAACGAAGGUUACAUACAAGAGUUUUUCGAAGAAAAUGAGGAUGAUGAGACUAUCAUGAUUGCGGAUCUCGGUAGUGGUAUCGACAAACGCUUGGCGAAGUACUAUGCAAAACAAAAACGUGAACGCGGAAUCCAAGUUGACAGCUAUGACGCCGGCUUCAGUACAAAUAGAAAACAGCCCUACCAUGAAAAUAGAUACAAUAUUUCAAAUCUCAGCAAGACUAAAGAUGGUACGUAUGACUGUUCUAUAUUAAGUCUUAGUGCUGUGGGACAAUCCCCGGGAAUAUUCAUCAGAGAGGCAUUGCGCAUCACCAAAAAAGGAGGCACGGUGUAUUUUGUGGAAGAACUUCGACGACUGUCCCAGCCGGUACAGGAUGAAAAGGACUUCUUCACUUGGCUAACGGAUUUGAAUGUGCAAGUGAUGCAAGUUAUGGGUGAUGAGAGUUGUUAUGGACCGAAUGGGGCAAAGUUAUCGAUCAAAUGCCUACGUAUACCAACCAAGAGUACUUGGAAAACCAUUUGCAGCGAGAACCCGAAGGUGAAAGUCAGCUGGGAUAACUUUAAGUAUGCCGAUGUCGAUGCCGUUAUCAAACAUGCGGGGGAUGAUUUGGUAGGCGGAGGCCCAGCCGAGAAGCAGCACUUAAAACUCCUAUAA